UUCAUCGGCAGCCUACACAUCUCUAUUAUUUUACUGCAGCCACGGCGUCGGAGAAUUUUUAAAAAACAAUUUAUAGGCUUAAAAAAACAUUUUAAAAAUGUCCUUUGAUGCUAUACCAAAGGAUCUAAGGGGCCUGCGUGCCUGUCUAGUUUGCUCUUUGAUAAAGAGUUUUGAUCAAUUUGAAACGGAUGGCUGUGAGAAUUGCGAGGAAUUCUUAAGGAUGAAAAACAACAAGGACAAUGUGUAUGAUCAUACCAGCAACAAUUUUGACGGCAUAAUAGCCUUAACAACGCCCAGCGAUUCCUGGGUUGCCAAGUGGCAGAGAUUAACACGCUUCACUAGGGGAAUUUAUGCUAUAUCUGUCUCGGGUACUCUGCCUCAAUCCACGCUUAGGGAUAUGAAGAAUCGCGGCAUUGUCUACAAGUCGCGGGACAGAAGUCAACGAUAAAUAGGCCAAGAAAUUCAAUACAAAAAGUUUUAUUUUUAGUUUACUUUCAUAACGUCAACCAAUAGGGAAUAAAAUACAUUUUAAGUACAAA